AUGGUAGUUAAUGAUGCUUCCAUUACAAUCCGUGACGCUACUGUGUAUUCCCAGGGCGCUGUAGCAAUUCUAGUGGACCACCUGAAGCAUGACUUUGAGUUGGGUAUCUCCGUGGUGUCUCUGAAUAACAUAUUGGAUUUGGUGGCUACUGGUGUCGAAGAAGCGAUGAACAAAAAGUCUGACAUUUUCCAUUUGAUAGAUGAUUAUGCGGAAGCUCUGUCGUAUGUUAUUUUCGUACUUCAAAGGAAAGGUUGUGCUGUAGGUCAAAUUCAAAAUUGCACUAUUGAUCCCUCAAUGUUCGAAAGCAUUUUAACCAAAGCAGAAGACAAUCUUAUCCGAAUAACAAAUCUCUGGCUGGAAACGGACGAUGGACAAGGCCGACAGAAGACCAUUGAUAAAAGAAAUAUUCUAUCAUUAACUGUUCUGAAAGAUGAGGGGAGGAAUUUGCCUUUCGACUUCGUCACAAAAUAUGGCUAUGUGAAGCUUCCCUACUUUGAGUCGUUCCAAGACCGCCUCGGAAAACAAAUCGUUGCAGUAAACGUGUUAACUUAUAUUAAAAGUCCGUAUAAUUACGUCAACAACACCGAAGCUACGACGUCAGCCAUUGUUAAAGUGGUCAUAUCUGACAAGAAGGGCAAACGCCUCGAUUUGAAGGAUUUGGACGAUCCCGUUGAUAUGGCUGUUGAUAUGACACAGAUAUUUACUGCUACACACACAUGGAUGGAACCAGAUAUACUUGACGAUGGAUCAUCAAUGAUAACUGCAUUUGUUAACGUUAGCAACGAGGCGUUUUCUGUGGAGUUCAAAUUGAAUUCGGUCUUGGAAUGCCAAGUCAAUGGUAUAUUCGGAUAUACUGGACCACCGACCUAUUUAAAGAGAGACAUGACAGUACGAACUAAAGGUGUGAAAAGAAUACUGCAGAAGGUACCGACAGACUUACCCGUCUUUUUUAGUGAUUCUGUUCUUCAAAUUACAAUUUACAACACCAAAUACCCAUCUGACGACUUCAUGGACCCUUUGGUGUUAACCUUAACUUGCCAGGAUGAUAUUGCAAGGCGAAAGAGAAGAGAUUUAACUGCCUUCGUUGGACACUUAUAUCGAGUGCAGAUUCUAAGCGUGGUUAACCUUGCUGGUAUACUGUGGAAGAAGUCUACUGAUUUGAAGAUUGACAAGGCGGAGGGGAAAAUUGCAGUCUUCAAAAGCACGUUUUUUGGAACGUUUGGCACCGAUGCUUUAUUAGCACCACCUACACCGAUUAAUUUUCAAGAUAUUUUCCUCAACUUUUUGGAGAAAUUACAGACUACUCCACAAGUGUUAGCUGCGAACGUGUUUCUGAUCGUUUUCUUUGCCUUUCUCGUUAUUCCUUUACGUAAAGCGGACCGCAAUGACAGACUGCUGUGGGAAUACUUGCCAGUUUAUGACAAUGAGCCUGGUGAUCAGUUUCAUUACUCUUUAUCCAUAUUUACUGCACUAAGAUCUUCAAGGCACCUGACUUCUACAGUUUACAUAAUACUAAAAGGGGAGAAAGGAUCAACAAAUGAAAGAAUAGUUAAAACCGAUUCUCGGAAGGACUUUCAAAGAGGCACAUGUUGCAAUUUUCUGUUGACAACUGAAGAGCAUUUGGGGAAAAUAGAAUCCUUAACAGUAUGGCAUGACAACAAGGGGGAUAGUCCUAAUUGGAAAUUGUCAAAAGUUGUCCUAACUGAUCUAAGCACCGAUGAACGUUACGUGUUUUUGUCUGGAGAAUGGCUAUCGCUUAAAUAUGAGGAUGCAAAGACAUUCCGAACACUUACGCCAGUUACACCAGAAGUGAUUAAUGGCGAAGUAAUUUUCACAGAGCUGAGCAUGCGCGGAUUCUUUGAUGAUCAUCUCUGGUUUUCACUACUAAAGCGACCAAACUAUAGCAAGUUUAGCAGAGUUCAAAGAAUGUGGUGCUUGGUAGGUCUGCUCUUCUUGUCAAUGAUUACAUCUGCAAUGUGGUAUAACUCCGAACCGUCUGAAGAGGAGCAGGUAGCUACUGGAUCUACGCAGCGGUCAGUCAAGCUGGGACCUUUUAACUUUAAUCUAAAGCAGAUGUAUGUGGGACUACUUUCAUCUCUGGUGACAGUUAUACCUUCUCUUACGAUUAUAUCACUGUUUCGUAAUAGAAAAUUAAAAGAUGAAAGCCAAAUUAUGAAGAAAGAAUCUGUGGUGUCGAAUGGGAAGAAAAGUUCACCUUGUAGAUUACCGUGGUGGACGAUAUUUUUUGCUUAUUUUCUCGCUAUAUCUGCAAUUGCUGCCGGAGGAUUUUUUACAUUUCUCUAUUCCCUGCAAUUUGGACCGGGGAAAACGAACGAUUGGCUACUGUCAUUUGUGUUUGGAUCUCUUGAAGGUGCAUUGAUAAUGGAGCCAAUGAAGGUGCUUCUAAUCGCUAGUCUAUUUGGACUAUGUUGCAAAAGAUCCACAGAGACAUUGGCGGAGAGUACAGGAGAGAGUCAAGUACAGAAAGCACUACCUGUGGAAACAGUAAAUCGAAGAGAUCUGAUAUAUUUCCCUUGCCCAAACACAGACGUUGAUAUCGAGAAAAUGAACAAACAACGUAAAAUAGUACAUUUGGACGAAAAGCUGAAAGGUUUCGCCAAAUCGUGGAUCAAGUCUUUAUUUUACAUUUUCCUUCUAGCAGUGAUAUGUGCGCAUAACAUCGUCACGGAGGCAUUCAAACAAAAUGACUACCUUAAAGGAUCAAUUAAAAAUACGUUUAUGGCAAACACUACUGAUGACAUAUACGUUUGGAUGCAAACUUAUGUUAUUCCUAAGGUGUGGCCGAAAUGGCACGGGGACUCGGUUCUGUUAUCCGUAUAUGAGCAACGAUUCAUGUAUGAUCAGUACAAUUAUCGAAUAUCAAAUUCCAUACUGCGACAGGUCAGAUCAAAUAAUUGUUCAACGAUUCCGGAAAUGGGAGAAGUAGUGUCCCUUUGUACCCAGGAUUACACAGUCGAUUCAGAAGAUAGAUCUCACUAUUGCAAGGCUUGGCUACCAUUUACUGCUAGUAACGAAACUUGCUAUGAUGAAUACGACCCAAUCGAUAACAGUUUCAUCUACCGGAGUGCAGAUGAAUUAAAUGGCAUGCCAUAUUUAGGAGAAUUUGCAAUGUAUGGUGGUGGAGGGUACAAGCUGGAUCUUGGACCUAAGCAGUCGCUAGUGAAUCAAUACAUUGCCCAGCUUCGUAAUUAUUCGUGGAUAGACGGAUAUACACGAGCUGUUUUCUUCGAGACCAAUACAUUUAACGCGAAUACUAGACUGUUUACUCAUAUGAAAAUAGUGUUUGAGAUAUCCGAGUACGGAUCCAUCAUUAUGAAGACAGCUACUCAAUCUAUUAACCUCUAUCCCUACGUCACAUCAACAGAUUAUAUUGUAUUGGUUUCCCAGUUCAUCUUCACUGUUGUUGUUCUGGUACGGAUUGUGUUAUAUGCUAUACAGACUUUUAAAACAAGGCGCACCUGUUUAGCUACGUUUGGGUCAUGGUUAACAGCAAUUGACAUUAUCAUGAGUGUCUUUGCGAUUGUGUUUUAUAUUCUAAGGGUUGAUACAACAAUAAAAACCGUGGAUGACAUAAUUGAAAACCGAGGGUCAUACACAUCGUUCGAAUACGUUGAAUUGUAUGAUUUGAUUUAUAGAAUGACUCUUGGAAUAGUUUUCUUUUUCGGAAUUCUCCAACUUCUUCAACCGUUAACUAUGAAUUACCAUUUCUUUAUCCUUCAAAAAUCUCUUUUAAGGGCUAGAUAUGAUCUGUGUAUGUCUCUCAUUCUAAUAAUAUUGGCAAUUAUAUCUUUCGGAUCCUAUUUAUUUCUUGCAGUUGGUAAAUAUGUUGACCAAUUUAAAGAUUUAUAUUCCUCAAUUAUCACUCUUCUUCGAAUGCUUCUUGCAAUGAUUUCCCUUCGCUUAAAUCCCAAUCUGGACUCGACAGCGGCAAGAACUAUGACAGGCCUAUUUUUCUUCGCUAUAUCACUAAUUGGAAUCAAUCUCUUUAUCGCCAUCAUGUUUGGUCAUUUUGCCGAUGUUCAAGCUAUGCAGAAAACACAAGCGGAAGAUGGGGAAUCGAAAAAGAUCGACAAUGACAUGGCGUUUGAUUUUGAAUUAAAUCAACACGUUUGGAAACAACUGGAUAGUAUCAUACAUGUGUUUUCCCCGAAGAAAGUAGACGCUCACUCACAACUAUUCCCGGACGAUGUGUUGUAUAAACUCAACCAACUGUAUCAGCAUGUUGACUUGAUCUGCCACAAUGAGUAUCAGUUUGUUAUCAUGGUUGCCUGUUUCUUGUACAUAUCUAAAACUCUUCGCUGGAGUAUGAGGAGGACGAUGGAGACCACUGCCGACUACAACAAGGAAAUGGGGCUUCGAUACAAAUUUUUCGACUCGUGUUAUGAUAAUCCCAGACUUACAGUGUACUUUCCCGGUGCCAAAAUAUCGGAAGCACCCGAAAUACAGUGUUACAGCGUGGCACACAGAUAUUACCAAUUGCCUUUGGAGGUCAGAAAACUGUUCAACACAGCAAAAACCAGGAUUUACGAAUUAAAUACAACGGAUGAUCGACCAUUUCAGCUGAAAGUGAAUGAUAUAACAACGAGAAAGCUGGUUGUUGAAUUAGAAGACGUGUUUUUGGCAGACGAGGAUUACCUGAUGUGCAGCUUUGAUGAUAAACAGUCGUGGAUGAGAUAUGCUGUUAGGCCGAUGGAUGGUAAAUUAACAUGCACUCUCCCAAAGCUUCCAACCCAAUGUUUUGUAAUAAGUAAACAGGGACACACACAAAUAGAAGAGGACGUUUUAUCUCAUUUCCCAGACAUCGAGCUUCAUCAGAUAAGAAGAGAGGGUUGCUCCAUUUUCUUGCAAGCAGACCGAAGAAUACGUCUCUCGUUUCCACCAGAAUGUGUCGAAGAUAACUGUGAUAUAUAUGUAAUGAUGGAUCUACCCAAGAUGCAGAUUUGUCCAUUCCUACAUGUAUAUGUCACAGGGAUUAUCAAACAGCCCGUAGAAAUCAGUUUGCCUAUAAUUUAUAAAAGUCAUCUUCAACACAAAUACGGUUUUAAGAAUGUCGAGAAGCUGAUUAUAAUUAGAGAGGGACAUAAUGACUGGAUGACCUUGAACUCGGUACUAAAAUUGGAUGCUGCUGGAUUUACGUUUGAAACCAUUUCUAUUCCAUCGAAAGUGUCGGCAGUUUUCGGGAUAAAAGAGGCUGCACUACCCUGGGUUGAAAACCCACUUGAUCGCACAGAUACAAAGUUAAUAAAGGCAAUCAAUAUGGUGUCGCGCUAUAACAGUGUAGCUAUCAAGUGGAGAAAUAUCGCUAAAAAUCUGGAUAUAGCGAUACCUCCUAGCUUUGCUGUAUGUCAGACUGACAGCUACGAAGUUGUUACUCAUCUUCCAAGUGACGACGAUCAAAAUGCUGAAGAAAGGAAGUUCACCCUCAACAGAGUCGUCGAUAUUCCAAUCAGUGCUCAAGAAAAAUGCCUCUAUAUUAUGACAGAGUGGUAUAGGUUGUUCCCGCGUGGUAUAGUGGUUUCAUCGCUGAAAAAAGUCCUGGAGGACUGUAAUUUGCACUAUAUUGCAGAGCAACUUAGUGAAAGACUCUAAACAAUGGGAAAGUUUCGACUAAUUAAGUAAACCAAAAAAAAGGCGUGUUACAUGUACGUUAUUACGAAGAUGAAAGUAUAAUUACAUAUAGUAUACACCUCAGGUGUGUCCAGGGGUCCGUGUUUGCCCAACUAUCUAUUUUGUAUUGCUUGUAGGAGUUAUGAGAUUGAUCACUGUUCGUUGUCUUCACCUUUCAUGUAGAAUGUGAAUCAUUCAUCAACAUUUGUAAUAUUUGAACACCUGUUGUAAACGGAUAUUCUAUUUGUACUACAUUGUAUUUCCAUGAAUUGCUGUUGUACAUAGUCAUUUAAAAUCAAUGUUAACUUCAAGAAUAUUUUAGUUAUGCUAUAGCAGGUUGCAUUGAUUGUUGGUCCAGUGCUAACAAUAAAGCCAUAU